ACCAAAUAUCGUUGGAAAUUUUUUAUGUACGCCGUAGACUUGGAAACUAAGUAUCUCUUUCAAUCAAUAUUCAUUUUUCUUAAUUCUUCAGCUAACGCACUAUUAUAUAGACAUAGAUUGGUAAACAAUGUUAGGAGUAUUGUAAAGUCAAACUCAUGGCAGGAAAUGAAAGCUUGGGUAGCUAGCUUCAACAAUAUAUAUCCUGCUCUAAAAGUUUAUUAUUCAAUGCCCUGCGCACAGCAUUUCUUACAAUUCACAUUACAAAGCUAAAACCAAAGAAGAUUCUUCUCAUAGAAUUUGUUAUAUAUAUACCUCUAAUAUUGGCUUCCGUUGAAGAGAAAUUAGGCCAACUAUGGGUCCGAAAGAUGACGAUGUUAGAAAAUUUGGUUUCAGCCGCACGAUCAUGGUCGCGGCAAUUGCCUCUUUACUUGGAGUUGUGAUGCUCAUGAUAUUGCUUCAUCUCUAUGGAAGGUAUCUUCUGAGACGCGAAGAAAGGAGACGACGUGCCGCCCUGUAUUCCCUGAGAACUCAAAUUGAAACGAUCGGUGGAAGUUCCAUCAACGAGGCACCCAUGUCAGGGCUCGACCCUUUGGUCAUAGCCUCAUUGCCGAAGUUCACAUACAACCUAACCACCAGCGAGGUUGAUCAUUAUGAGCCCACGGAAUGCUCGGUUUGUUUGGGAACCAUCACGGAGGAAUCCAUGGUCAGGCUUUUACCAAAUUGUAAGCACAUAUUUCAUGUGGAGUGUAUAGAUUCGUGGCUUGGAUCAAAUACAACUUGCCCCAUAUGUCGCACCGUGGCUGAACCGACGUUCCAGGCGCCAGAGGACAAGGGGCUUGGCAGCAGGGUUCAUCCCACGGCUCCUCCUAUAGAGGAAAACGCGUCUGAUAGUGCAGCCCAAAUGGAAAAGGAAGGUGGACCAUCAGGGUCAGGAUCACGAUUUGCUUCCUUUAGAAGGAUGCUUGGUAAGGAGAGAUCAUCAAGUAGGAGUCAUAGUCAAGAUUUAGAGAGCCAGUGAUGGGUAAAAUCAUUUUAUUAAUUUUUCUAGAAAAUAUUGUCUUUUUUAGGGUUAUUACUUAGUUUUUUUUUUUUUUUUAUGUAGGGUUAUUACUUGGUUAUUAUUUCUACAUGUAUUAGUAGUCUAAGUAAAUUCGUUUGAAACCAGCUGCUCAAUAUUCUUAAGAAAUAUUAUGUAAGAAGGGAGUAUAUAUAUUU